UUCAAAACUGAAUGUAAUUAAAGGUUAAAGUUUUGCUGCUAUUGCAACAGCUGUCGGCCCGUCCUUGUUUUUCCAUUGGCUACGGAAAAUCCGUCAACCUAAUAAUAAAGGACGUUAUGUUACUUUUGCCACAUGAUACUGCUAGCCUUUGUACGCUCAUGAUCACUCUCUUUAUAUAAGUUAUGUGUUCCGCAACCUCGUUCUUAGAUUGCGCAUAAUUUCUUAGGAAAAAAUCGAAAAUGUUUGCUAAACUGUGUAGGGGCAGCAAAAACGUAGACGUCGUCUCGCCAACCCCACCUCCUCCGCCAGGCGCGGCUCCUGCAAAAAUGGCCGCGGCCACCCCGAUUGUCGCCUCAGAAGGCAUUGAAGAGAGCUUAAGUUCAGCUGAGGCGGCAAUUCUCUAUAACCUUCGAAGCGGCGGUGGACUCCCAACUGGCGCUUGCAUGUACAUUCAGUCGGGUGACACGAGUGACUUUGAUGGAUACCUUAUCGCUGCCGCCGGCCAUGUGUUGCAACGAGAAACACCGAAGCUAGAAUACGUGAUAGCGGUUCCGGAGCGGCGGGCCUGGCGGGACAAGAACGAACCGGACACCAACAAGCACGACCCCACAUAUUCUGAGGAGGUGCUGGCCACUGCGGGGCCCCUGCUACGACAUCUGUGUCCGGAUGCCGUAUUGUGCAAGGGGCUGCUCAACCAGCGCAACCUCAUUCCCUGGAGCAUGAUGUUCAACGAGCCGGAGAAGUAUGCCCCCCUCAUACAGGAGAUGCCCCAAGUGGCGGUGGGUUGGGGCUCCCUGGAGUCCCUGGCGGAGCGGAUCCUCGAUCCAGAGCUCCAAUCUGUGGUACUGGACAUGAACGGCUCCAUGGGCUACUUGGCGGGACUUGUCCAGAUUUUGGGGCCCGAGGGGGAGAAGGUUCUGGGCCGCAAGAUGAAGGCCUCCGGGCUGCCGCUGAUCAUGAUGGCUGGGAUACAGGCCGAGGUGGUGGCGCAGACACUCAAGCUGCCUGGAAGGGACCCCCGCGCCACCAAGAACGCCAUCUACUACCCCGAUGCGGUGCGGGUGCUGCUGCGGCUGGCUAAGGAGCACGACGUGCCGUUGCUCUUCGUGACCAAUAACACGUGCAACCGGCUGAUCAAGUUCCAGGACGCGGCAGAGGUGGUCAGCCGCAUGGGCCUCCAGGGGCUGUUGCAGCGUAUCGCGGAAGUGUGGUUCAGCUUGCCGCACCUCGCCGGCAAAUGCGUGCCCUUCGAUUGGGUGGCCUUCGCCGCCAUGCUGCUGUACGGCAGGCGGUCUUCCGCGAUGAAGAUUGACCGUCAUGAGCUGUACGUGGGAAACGAAGAUCCAUCAGUGCUGGUGCUGAGGGACCCUGGCCAGCCAAGCAGCGAUGUGGUGGCUGAGAACCUGGCGGGUACGGAGCGUUGGGGCGAGGUGGAGUCGGUUUCGGAUAUCAGUCUGGAGGUGAUGCUGCAGCUCUCGCGACAUGCCGCGGCUCGCACGGCUUGCUAGGCUGGCUAUCUAAUUGGCUGACUUGCUAAGAUUAUUGGCUAGCUGCCUGGCUGAUGGACUGACUGACUGACUGACUGACUGACUAACUGAUCGACUGACUGAGUGGCAGCUUUGCUGGCUGGCGGGCUGGAUGGUAUGCCGGUGACGCGGCCUUGGCUGGAUAGCGGCAUUGCGACUGUUGUUUGUGAUGUGCAGGGGCGUGGCAGCUGCGGCAGCGGCAGAAGCUGUAUGGUAUGGAUGCUGUAUGGCUGGGGUGGUUGGUAUGCGGCAAGUCAUCGGAUGGCAGGUUGUGGAUUAGUGGAUGUACUGUCCUUAGCAGGUCAGCUAGUGCUGCUACUGCUACUGCUGCUGCUGCUGCCGCUCCUGAUGACAGAAAUAAUGAAGCGCCUUCGCUGGAGGAUGCGAAGGAUGCUGAUGCGUUACUUUGUACAAUGAUCUAUGUCGGGAUGAGGUCCUUUCUUUUUCGUUAUCCUUUCUUCUUUCUCUU